GCGUAACCCAACAUGUCAUUCUUUCGUAAUUUACGCUCAUCCAUCACCCGUGGUCGGUCUUCGUCACGCGAUACCACUCCCGUUCGUACAUCUCGCCCUGGCAGUGUCAUAAGCGGCUUAAGCAGCAACAAAAGACGCGACUCUGUGGAAUCUGGUGCUGAUUCCGUCUUGAAUCGCAGUGGCACGUUCAUUUUGGAUGACGAGCAACAACAGCAGAACGAAAAUAGCGGCCUCCAUUCGAACACCUCAACGUUGGAGAAGAAAUCAAAGAAAUCCAAAGUUUUGGAAAAGUUCAGCACAUUUACGAAACGCAAGAAGACUCCGACGCCGGAUAGUUCGGCAUUAGACCAUCAUCCGAGUGAUAAUGCCACCAACACGUACUACAAAUGGCAGGCAGAUGGCAGCAACAGCUUAGAUUAUGAUUCGCAAACGGAUCCAUUUAAUUUUCUCUACGAUCAGACAAGUUUGAAGUCAUUGCAUAAUGGCGGCUCCACCUCGAAUGGCUCAACAGCAAUGGGACAAACAUCUGGCAAUGAACGCGGUAGCAACAACACUCCCAGUUAUGGCAAUAAAACCACAAAUGGCACAUUUGAUUCCUCCACCUAUCGUAAGGGAAAAAUGCCCAAGGAAUUAAAGAAGCAAUUGGAACAACUGAAGCAAAGUCAAAAUCUACCAGAAAAUGAUGUCAAGGAUAAUAACGAAGAGGACGAAGAUGAUUAUCGAAAAUAUAGCGGGUUUGAAAACCUAAACGAGGCAGAUAAAUAUAAAACCGUGACCAUUAAUAGCUUUCGUAAAUCAUUUCGUGACAAAUUUCUGCAACAGCAAAAAGAGGCCCCUCACAAUCCGGCAUGGUUUGUAGAGGUAGAGCCACCCGAGGACAAUUCCCAGAAAAAUCAUCGUGAACGUAGUUUAUCCAAAGAAAAUCGUACUGAUUUUUUGGUAUUUGAAAAUGACAACUAUAGACCCGGAUCCCGAUCACCGAUACGAGAUUUAAGUUCCCGACGGCAACAACAACGUUCUGCCACCCGAUCACCAGUCAAACGCACCGACACCUUUAAGGUUGAACGUUCCACAACGAACUCCAGAAAGACUGAUGACAACAGCAGUACACCCUCGAUACGUAUAGAGUUCCGCAAUUCGAUUACUCCGCAUGUGCCAGGACGCAUGGUGCCUGUGGGGGUUGCCAAGCCAAUGCCAUCCCAAACUGCACAAUAUAAUCGCAUCGAACCCAUAAUGAACACCUCAUAUACGAUAAAGACCUCCAAUACUCGCCUCAAUGGAUCACCACAAAGGAAUUGGUCCAAAACACCGCUAUCACGUUCACCCUCAAGACCCACACUGACCACGACGACGACCACAACAACGGGUGGUCGUUAUCAAACAUUGGUCCAAAUUAAAAAUGAUAACAGCAACAUCGGUGGCAGUAAAUUGCAACAGCCAGUGGCCUUAACCACACGGCCAAGUCGGCUUUCCACUCGCAUACAACUGGGAGGUAAUACCGGAAUACCCACCAGCAAUUCUUCGCCGUCGUUUGCCAAACGUUAUGUCAGUUCGUAUAGUACUCAGGUGAACGGCAAAGCUCAACCAUUGAGGCAAACAUAUUUUGGAGAUAAUCACCAUUAUAACAACAACAACAGCAAUAACUCACCAUUGACCUCAAAGAGAACUUUGCAAUCGCCAGUAUAUCGGGGCUAUGUUGGUCACAAGAAUGCAUCGACAACAACAACACCUGUUUAUAAUUCAAAAUAUCAAACGUCAAAUGUGGCAGCGGCAGCAACAACAACAAACCUUGCCACCAGCAGAACACCAAGCCAAUCACGAUCGACAUCUUCCCAUGCACCAGCCACUGGUGGUAGUGGUAUUACCUCAUCGUCAUAUUCCAAACAGCACCAGAACCACCAAACACGUUUUGUGGUGCCUACACAGAGGCGUUCUCGUUCACCAAUUAAGAUACCCUGGCGGUAG